AUGCAUUGUGAGGAGUGCAACUGUUUAACGGCCACUCUUGUAUGUUCAGAAUGUGAUGAGCUAUUUUGCAAAGAUUGUUCUGAAUCCAUUCAUAGGGGUGGAAAGCGAAAACUCCAUGUCAGACAGCUCAUAUGUAAGCACUGCAAAUCUGUAGCCCAAAAAAGAUGCUGAACCUGCGAAGUCCCUCUUUGCGAAAACUGUACCAAAAAUCAUCCUGAUCAUGCCUUGGAGCCUACAUCCUUUGUCAGCAAGGUUUCAGUGUUUUGGGACUUGCAUUCCUGUCGAGUGAGUAAAAAAGAAGACGUUGAAACCGUCUUGAAAAAUAUAAGAACACUUUAUGAUAAUAUAGCAGAAAUCAAGGCCUUUGGGGAUAGCUACCAAAAAUGGAGUAGUGUGUUUAAUGAAUUUGGCAUUGAAUUGAUCGUCUCGAACGAGCUUAAAGACUUGCAAACAUUUAUUCUAGAGCUUUCCUUAUCUGCUGGAAAAUAUCUGACCCAUAUUUUGAUACUAAGUGGAUAUGCAGCUUAUAUGAAGCCCCAUUUGACACAAAUUCAGAAUAAUUUUCCAAACGUAACCCUUCUUUUUUCACAGUCCAUUUCUCCAUUAGAAAUAAAAAAUAUACAGCUGCUUCCAAUUCCAUUCGGGUUUUAUCGAAUUGUCAAUUACCAAGAUCCUCAAAUUUCUAAUCCAGACCAGCCAAAACUUUGCAAAACAGGAGACUUAAUGGAAUCUUGCAGCGACCGACAACAAUUUACUGUAAAACGUGGACAAAACCAAUACCAUGAUUUAGUGGCAAAAAGAUUGAAGUCCUUUGUAAAACAUGGACAGAUGACGAUAGACCUCGAGUGGUUUAUAAAUGAUUUUUCAAUAAAAUAUGGACUAAGCUACGAAAAAUCAUCUGAAGUGCUGAACCAGACUUGCAACUUAGGGAUCUUGUUUUUAAGCAGAAAACAAUUUGGAGGCCUGAAUCCAAAAGACUUCAUUGGCCUGAAGCUUGAAAGUUUAAGCUUGGAAAGUCUGCAAUGGGUGCUUAAAUCCUUAAAAAUCGACGAAAUGCUUCCAAUUGAAAGAACCAUCCAGUCAAGAAUCAAAGAAGCUUUUGAUUUCAAGCCAACUAAUUCUCAAUGGCGAAAUUUAUUAGAAAAAUGCAAAAAUAGCCAGAAUUACUUGAUUUCAGAAAUAGACGACCCUCAAAACGAAUCCACAACAUUUUUAGUUUUCCCAAGAGAAGAUCAAUGAUUUUCUUAUGACCAAUACAUAAGAACAGGGGAUCCUCUUAAUAUGAAAAAUACCCAUGAAUGAAAUACUUUAAUAGCAUUUUGCGAAAGUUAUUAUAAAACUGAAUCAGAAGCCAGCACUGCAAUUCCUGGAGGGAGAUAUGGAUGUGCUCAAUUAAUAAAAUUCUUCGGGCCGAAGCUUUUACAAGAAUGUUCAUUAGGAAAAUUGAGCUACAUGGUGCAGUUAGCUAUUGAUGAAGAUGUUAUAAGGUACCAAAAAGCUCUAUUAGUUUUAUCUUCCACAGUCGAAAAUAAAAUCGAAGAUUUAAAAAUAGACUCUAAACUAGAAGACAUCAGAAAAAAUAUCAUUGAAAUUUUAAAAGAUGAAAAAGCUGGGCUUCCACUCGCCCAGAUUCCUUUGCAUUUAAAAAAGAGGUUUUCUAUGCAUUUAGAUAUAACGAAAUUUGGGUUUUCCAAAUUAAAAGACUUUUUGAGGACAAUUAAAAAUGUCAAAGUGGAGAAAGGUGCGACAAAUCAACCUUUUGCGUUUUUGAGUAAUGAAGUUACUAUUGAAGAAAUUGUAUCAGAAAUCCUUAAAUUCUCCGAUUACACUCAUCUAGAAGAACACUUAGUUUCUAAGUUUGGAUGCAUAGACUGGAAUAAUUAUAGCAGCAAAUCCUUGGAUGACUUUCUGUUCCUAAACCAUCUGCAGCCCAAACAAUUAGAGUUCAAUUUUACACUAGAAAAUCCUUUAGAUUUAGAAAAGCCGUUUUUGGCUCACAAUUUGCCCCCAAUUUUCCUAAAAAGCAACCAGGAGCUGAAGAAUUCUAUAAAUGAAAUCGAGACGACGUCAGAAGAGCCUGAAAAUCAUCACCAACUCAAGUUUAUUUAUGACCUUCUAUCUGACGAGGAUUUGACUGAGAAUCCUAAGAAGAAAACUUCAAAGCUCGACCCGGAUGCGACACCAUUUUUUUCGAAAAAUGCUAACCUAAGAGCUUAA